AUGGCCCCAAGAUCCUACUCCAAGACCUACAAGGUCCCAAGAAGACCAUUCGAGAGUGCUCGUUUGGAUGCGGAAUUGAAGCUCGUUGGCGAGUACGGACUCCGCAACAAGCGUGAAGUCUGGCGAGUCCAGCUUACUCUCUCCAAGAUUCGUCGUGCUGCCCGGUAUGGAUACAAUGAUCGCAAUGCGAGGGAAUGGAAGUCACUAACGCCCGCUAGUCAAUUGCUCACCCUUGACGAGAAGGACCCAAAGCGACUUUUCGAAGGAAAUGCCCUCAUUCGUCGUCUCGUACGUGUCGGUGUUCUCGACGAGUCCCGUAUGAAGCUCGAUUACGUCUUGGCCUUGAAGAUUGAGGAUUUCUUGGAGCGUCGUCUACAGACUUGUGUCUACAAGCUCGGUCUCGCCAAAUCCAUCCACCACGCCCGUGUUCUUAUCCGCCAGAGACAUAUCCGUGUCGGAAAGCAAAUCGUUAACGUCCCAUCUUUCGUCGUUCGUCUCGAUUCCCAGAAGCACAUCGAUUUUGCUCUUAGCUCGCCAUUCGGAGGUGGUCGUCCAGGUCGUGUUCGCCGCAAGAAGGCCAAGGCUGCGGAGAAGAAGGAUGGUGAUGAUGGAGAGGAAGAGGAUGACGAGUAA